AUGGAGAGAAUGGAUACAGCACAUUCGCCUUCGUUAAUAGGCAAAACAUGUACAAUUCAACAUAAUUCCAUCAAUCGAAAUAAUCAAAAUGAAAUUAGUAGUAGCACAACGAUUGACAUGCUUAAAGAUUGUUGUAGUAAUAAACUUGUUAAAACAUCAGAUAAACAUGCAAAAUUUCUAUUAGAAAAUUUAAAUUUAUUAAGAAAACAAAAAGAAUUAUGUGAUGUCAUUUUGAUUGUUCGUCAAAAUAAGAUACCAGCUCAUCGCGCUAUUCUUUCCGCAUGUAGCCCAUAUUUUAGAGCAAUGUUUACGGGUGAAUUAGCUGAAAGUCGACAAACAGAAAUAAUCAUUCGGGAUAUUGAAGAAUAUGCGAUGGAAUUAUUAAUUGAAUAUUGUUAUACGUCAAGAAUUGUUGUUGAUGAAAAAAAUGUUCAAAUGCUAUUACCUGCAGCUUGUAUUCUCCAGAUUGAAGAAGUUCAAAUAACAUGUUGUGAAUUUCUUCAAAAACAACUCGAUCCAACAAAUUGUUUAGGCAUUCGAGCGUUUGCAGAUACACAUUCAUGUCGAGAACUUUUACGAGUCGCUGAUCGUUAUGCACAGCAACAUUUUAUUGAUGUGAAAGAAAGUGAAGAAUUUUUAUUUUUACCAAUACAUCAAUUAAUUGAUAUUAUAUCCAGUGAUGAAUUGAAUAUGA